GACACCACCCGUCAGUCUCUCUCCCGCGGGAUAACCAUCCGGACCUGCAGGCAGUGCUGCUCCUCCUCUUUUCAUUUAGAGUGCAAAACGCGUUUCUCUGGACCUGUGUUUACAAAGUGUAUUAUCUUGUUCAUACCCUAACUGAUACUUUGAGCUCACGUCACAGCGAGAGAUGAUUCUCUCUUAUUAUUGUAAACUGUGAACAAACAGGUGUAAUUUAGUGUGAACACAAUGGAGGGGAAACAAAGUUUUUUGCUUUGUGCAGUUACUACAGUGUUAUUGACCUGUGUUCCUGAGACAGUGAUGGCAGAUUUUGUCACUAAGAACAUGUCAGAUCCUCUGUCUAGCUUCUUCAUCAGGCAGGAAGCCGCCCUCAGGAAACUGGAUGACCUCAUCGCUAUGGUCAGUAAGGCGGAUCAGCUCGAGACCAGACUUGACCAAAUGACCAACCUUCUUAAGGGUCAAGAGGACAAAAACUCUGCGUUAGAGAGUAAGUUAGAAGCCAUGGAAACCAAACACGAGGCACUCCUGGGGAAAGUCGAGGGAAAGAUUGAUGCCAAGCUAUUUGAAAUACAGAGCAACGUGGAAGAAACCAUAAGUAAAAUAGAGAGUAAGAUUGAAGCAAAGUUAGAAGAAAUGGAACACAAUUUGCAAGUGAAACUGACUGAAAAUAACAUCAGGUUGGACUCAGUAGUAGGGAAUAUAAAUAAACUGAACGUCACUAUUCACAUGAUAGGGGCAAGUGUGAGCCAAGUAGAGGCGCGUUUAGAUGACGUCUCCAGCUACAGUCAAGGCGAGUGUCAGGAAGCUGUGGCUCUGAUGGUCAAUGACAGUAACACCACCAAACAAAUCGUGGAAGACUCCAUUCUUAAUUUAACCAUGGCUACUGGGAUGGCCCUUGAGGACAUGAAGAGCUACGUUCAAAAUGUGGUGGAGGGUGCGGUCAACAGUAGUCAGCCUCAGUGCGACACUCAAGUGGUCCUCGAUUGUCAAAGGUCGUUAUCUCGCCUCGAGGAGCUUGUAGCACCCAGCGCCAACGUCACCAAGCACCUCAUCGCUGCUGUUUUCAACCGCAUCAGAGUGUCUAACUUAGCCAUGGACAAGCGCUUGGGGGCUCUUCUUCACACUUCAUCUAUCCGCCAACGCGUCCUACAAGACACCCUUCUGGCGGCCAUCACCUCAGUGGACACCCUGGUCAGGACGCAGAUGCUGGACCUGUACAGGAAGAUCGAGUCCAGCAUGGGAGGACUUGAAGAUUUGGUAGCUACCUCUGCCAAUCGCCACGUCAAGGAGAUAGCCACACAGUUCCUGGAUACCGCCAACUACUCAUUCAUUGAACUGUCCUCUUCAACUGCAGCCCAGAUAGAUCUCCUUCUCCAAACCCAAGCCAACACCACCCACGCCAUCGACGUCGGCCUCAGCCAGCUACAGGAGCUCCAUAACAUUACCAUGACGCAACUAGCUGGUGGUGCCUUCUGCAUGAUGUCGGGUGCCGAGGUGCCUCCUAACGGAACCAUCACAUACAGCGACCGACCCUUCAGACUACUGGACGACACCGUGAGCAGCAUGCAGGGGGCGCUGGUCGACCACCUCACGCGGCUCUCAGACCAACUGUCCGCUCUCAGGAUCUACUACUCCACCAGCCUCCACAUGCACGCCCAGCAGGUGUCGUCGGAGGUUGCGUCGAUGACUUCCCGGGUUGAACGUACGGUGCAGGAGAUGCUGUCGAAAUCUUCCCGCACCUUGGAGAAGCUGCGACAGACUUCCCUGGGCUACCUGGACGCCGCAGUAACAACUGUAACUUCGGCCGCCGUCGCCUCUGCAGAAGCCACCGCCGACCAGCUCUCUGCUGCUUUACACACCGUGGCCGAGCAGCUUGAGAGGAAACUGACUCAGGUUGAGAGAGUGGUGAGGGUUGCCACGGCCGGGUGUCCACCCCAGUACUCCAUGGUGGACGGCUCCUGUCUCCUUCCUCUCCCUGGCGCUGACGCCUCCUGGCAGGGCUGCAGGAAACUGUGUAGAGACGCCGGCGGCGACUUGGCUACAAUACCCUACGACUCCACCCUCCGUCACCUCUAUUUGUUCCACACCACCAACUCCACACUUCCAUCACCCUACUGGGUAGGUGGAAGACGGGUGGAAGAGACGUGGAGAUGGGUGACAGGUGCUCCUGUUGUGGUGACAGUGGGCGCCGCUUCCUUUCUUGAGGAGGAAGAUGGACACGAAGCCGAACUGUGUUUGAUGUGGAAGGGUAAUGGUGUGGAGCUGGUGGCGGCGCCAUGUCACACUCCCCGUGGUGCAUUGUGCCAGUACCCUCACUCCAGCCGUCAGUCAUAUCUAGCUAAGGACUCCGACAACACUGCUCUGGAAUCAAACAUGAAUCCUAUAAACUCAAGCAAUCGUGUUGAAAUUCCAGCGGAAUAAAUUAAUUUAACUUUGUUUUCCCAAAUAAUUUAUACUGUAUUCGUUUUCUUCGGUGGACAUUACAUGUCGUAUUUUCUUGAUUAUGCUGAGAUAAUGGGAAAAGUCAUCUUUCUUGACUAAUGUUACACAAUCUGAAAAUUAAUGAAAGGAAUUUAUGGCUUCAACACGUGGUUCUUUUCCCAUAAGCACAACUGUGCGAGUAAGGCGCAUUCUGUGCUAUCAGUUAUAGUGGCAGAGAGAGUUUAUAGUGUGGGAGAGAGUAGUGCACGACACACAAAACUGUGUACACCAAGAUAAAUAAUGGAUCAAGAGCAUGGACGUCUGGUCUGUUCAAGAGAGAUAUAUAUGCUACUAACUUUGGAAUUCAGUAUUUUCCAUUAAAGUUCAACUUUAUUUACAAGUCUUAAUCACUAGGCAAUCAACAAUGUAAUAAAUAAAUAAAUAAUAAUAAAGUAAUGACAAAUAAAUAGAAUAAUGAUAUUUUACUACAUCGUAUAAUUAAUGUGAUAGGCUGUCAGACUUUUAUCAAAUAUUCAUGUACCUUAUUGCAUGUAAGCCUAACUAAUACACACACACACUUACUGGUGUGCUGUCACUCCUAGAGAUAUACUGAAUGUUAUGAGUUGUAGCUUAUUGCAAAAUUCUAAAAAUAUUUUUUCCCACAACUAAUGAUAUGUAGUUUGUAUAAGGCAUGGGGAUAUAAGCGUUAUAUUGAGCAAUUAAAACAAAUGGAUUAUAACGUUUGCAAAUAGUGAACUGACGUUGCUUUGUGCAAAGUUUAUUGUACGCAAAGAACAAACACACACACUAAAUUUACACUGUUCUAUUGAGAUAUCCAAAUAUAGCAAUUACACUAACUAGUAAGUGCUAUAUAGUCUGGUGCUUUCCCUUUAUAAUUGGAGCCAAAGAGCCUCCACUUACGGGUUCACCAUAGCCCGUGCUACUUGGAACUUUUUGUUAUGAGUAGCUGAAUCUGAAACAACAACCACAACCACCCUGAUAAUUCCUUCCUUCCUGUGCGGACAGCACAAGGCUUUCGCCCGACAAUGAUUUUAACAAUUAGACCGAAAUAUCGUUUCUUACGGCAGUUAACGACUUUCCUAACCCUUAUCACUUCAGCUGCAAACUGCAACAAAAAUACCUAAAAUAAAUUCAUCUAUAUACUUGUAAAUGUCCAAUUAUCAAUUACUUAAAUUUAAGAGUUUAAAUUAGACCAAUGACAUAAUAUAUUCGGAGCUUUGUAACUAAUUUACGUACUAAAGAAUAUUUAAAGAUGCAGGCGAUGAGUCACAACGUGCCUAAGGUAAGUUGACCAGACCACACACUAGAAGGUGAAGGGACGACGACGUUUCGGUCCGUCCUGGACCAUUCUCAAGUCGACUUGAGAAUGGUCUAGGACGGACCGAAACGACGUCGUCCCUUCACCUUCUAGUGUGUGGUCUGGUCAUCAAAAUAUUUAAAGAUAUCUUUAUUUUCCACCGGAAGUUUGCCAGCUCAGACUAUAUAAAGGCUCUACUCUCACCCCAUGUAUGACAAACCAUCCUGCGAGAUGGGGAUAUUAGGUGAACCUAGCUAGCUUCGACGUAUACUAUAUAGCCAUAUAGACUAGGAUAGCAGCACAAUGCUGUGUAGCCUAUACUGUAUAUGCUUGUCAAUAAAACAAAAACCGUG